AUGAAGGAUCUGGGAGAGCUUAAAUUCUUUUUGGGAAUUGAAUUUGCAAGAUCGUCUAAAGGAAUUGUAAUGUCUCAGAUAAAAUACGCACUUGAGUUAAUUGCUAAGAUGGGACUUGGAGGUGCCAAACCUGCAGGCACUCCACUUGAAUCCAACUUAAAGCUAACAUCCACAGACUUCGACAAUUUGAUAGCAUCAGAUAAACACAAUGAUACUGGUAGAGAACUGGAAGAUACUGGACAAUAUCAAAGGCUAAUUGGUAGGAUCCUAUAUCUCACCAGGACUAGAAUUGAUAUUGCUUAUGCAGUUCAAGUUCUUAGUCAAUUUAUACAUAAGCCGAAACAAUCACAUAUGGAUGCUGCUCUGAGAGUUGUCAGGUAUAUCAAGGAAGCUCCUGAAGUUUAUUGUAACAUUGACUGGGGAGGAUGUCUUCAGACUAGAAGAUCGGUCAAUGGAUAUUUGGUUAUGUAUGGUGGAGCUCUGAUUUCAUGGAAGUCCAAAAAGCAAGCCACAGUUGCCAGAAGCUCGGCUGAAGCUGAGUUUAGGAGUAUGGCUUCAGCUGUAGCUGAAAUCACUUGGUUAAAAGGUCUAUUUCAAGAGCUAGGAGUCACUCUGAACUUGCCAAUUCAUCUGUUUUGGGACAGCAAGCAGCCAAUCCCAUCUUUCAUGAAUGUACUAAACAUAUAG